CGCAAGGGGUGACACGUGCGGCUUCCGCCAAUUCCGGACCUGGCCCAAGUCAUAAAAGUCGACAUGUCGGACAGCAAAGAAACGACUUUAGAAUUCAUAGAAGACUACAAGGCACGAAGAUUGCUAUGGGACACGAAACACCCGAGUUAUCAGGACAACACUAUGCGACGUGCCGCAUUGCAAGACUUGGUUGAGAAAUACAACAUACCUUUAAACGCUGUCAAGAACAAGAUAAAGAAUUUGAGAUCGUACUUCUGUAAGGAACAGCAGAAAGUGGUCAGCGGGGUGGAGACGACUUGGUUUGCUUACAAGGCACUUUCUUUCCUUUGGGAGGUCAGCAUAUUAGCAACGAGGGAAGAUAGACAAAGCACUACCAGUGAGACUGUAAGUACGCCAGCGAUAAAAAUAGAACUAGAGGAAGACAAUGAUGAGGACAGCGAAGACCAAACUGAGACCGUUGAAUUUUUAGUUCUCGAUGAAAACACAAGUAAAAAGAGAAAACUUGACGUCGUACAAGAGGUAGCGCCUGAUCCUAUACAAGUGCAAAAAGAAAUAAGACAAUGUAUUAACAAACCUGACGAUCAUCAAGAUAGACGAGAGGAAGUUUCCGAUGAAUACAGCUUAUUUGGUGAAUAUAUUACUAAAAAAUUAAGAAAGCUGAAUGCUAGAAAUAAAGUCGUUGCUCAAAAUAGAAUAAGCAAUAUCCUCCUUCAAUUGGAAAUGGACGAAAUAGUAGAAACGUCGACCAGCGGAGUCGAAUGGAGUACUAUUUAAAACUACGAUUCAUACCUACAAUAAACCCUUGGUUGGACGCACCUAUCUGCUGUGGCGAAAAUGCGCGUACCCUUUCGCACAUCGAUAUUUUCAUAGCGAGCGAAAGAGCCAUGGUAUUGUGCGUAGCAGCAGUAUUGGUAUGAAAUAUCACGCGCAAAGUUGAUAAAAUACAAUUGUUUCUAUGGUUUAAAUUGUGAAAGGCUGUGUAUUUUAUUUUACAAUAUAGAUUUUCUAAAUCAUAUUCUUGUACUUUUUCAAAUAAUAUAAUAAAAAUUGUUUCG